AUGUCAGAAACAGUUACUGGAAAUAAUCUGAGACCUCGUUGGCUGACAGGAGUUUACGUCAGCGCCUCUCACCGCUCCACUAGAACCCUCCUCGAGCCUCUGGCGCCCACACGGACGCAGAUCACGCACACGCCAGCUCCAAGCACGAUGCCCUCGCACCUGCUCCUGUUGAUGUGGAGCUGUGUCUUGGGUGCAGCCUCGGUCAGGGUCAUGAGGGGGGGCGCCUGGAGCGCACGGCAAAGCGGGUCUCUCCGGUCCCCGUCGGACCCGUUCUCAGAGGGCGUGGAUCAGGACAUGGUCUCCCAGCACAUGUCCAAACUGUACGAGAAAUACAACCGGGAAACCCGCCUCAAGGAGGGGAACACAGUCAGGAGUGUCCGAGCCAGCCAAGACUCCUCUGACCACAGGGCGGCGUAUCGACUGAACCUCACAACCCUCCAGGAUUCAGAGGUCAUCCUUUCUGCCACAUUCCACUUCCUGCUCGAGCGGCGCCCUCACCAGAAACCCUGGUUCUGUAAACGCUUUGAGAGCCCGUCCUGUCGUUCCUCGGUCGUCAACCCUUCUCCGUCCAUCAGCCUGCUCUUUCGCUCUGUCUCCACUGGGUCAGAGGUCACACCUGGGUCAAUGGGGUCACUUCUGGGGAACGUGACCUUCCACCCCCACAGGAGAGGGGUGUGGCAGAUGAAAGAUGUGACCCAGGUCAUAAAGGAGGCGCGGGAUAAGGGUCAUCUCCUGGUGUCAGUGGAGUUGGACUUAGGGCAGCACCCCCAGAGGAAACCAGAGGAAGUGCUGUCCGCCGGCAGCCUGCCCUACCUGUUAGUUUAUGCCAAUGACCAAGCCCUGGAGGAGCCCAACAGCGUGUCUGCAAGUCUUCAGAGAUAUGACCCGUCCAACGAGGGAGGAGAGCGCUCGCAUUCCUCUCAGCUGCCGCACAGACCUAACUCCUCACCAGAGUCGAACGGACGCGUGAGAAGGCAGGCGACUCUUCCCACUGACCCCAUCCACAACAAUGUGCUACCCGAGGUGGACUACAGGCCUGAUGGGUACAGGAAAGACGACCUCUGGGAGAGCACUUGGUACCUCAAACCCAAGCCUAAGUCAGGAAGGAAGGAGGAGAAGAGAAAGAGCCAGGAUGAAGAAGUGGAGGUAGGAGGAGCCCAUGAAAGAGAAGAACCCCGGGUUCUCAAAGAAGAAGAAAGAACAUCACAUCACGAGCUCAAGGCUGACGAGUCAUCUGUGAAGAAAGACAAAAACGGUCGCACGCGGACUAUCGCCGAUGGACGAAAGCAUGAGCGGAGAAAUGAGGGAAAGGAUGUAAAAAAGCACAGGGGGCGCUCUAACGCACAGUCGCCUGUCCUGAGCUUUGAUGAACAGACAAUGCGUAACGCCAGGAGGAGGCAGUGGGGCAGCGGGCAGCACCGAGGCUGCUCCAGGAGGAACCUCAGAGUGGACUUUGCAGAUAUUGGCUGGAGCGAGUGGGUCAUAGCUCCCAAGGCUUUUGAAGCCUACUACUGUGCUGGUACAUGUGGAUUCCCCAUGCCCAAGGUGGCAAGGCCGUCCAACCACGCCACCAUCCAAAGCAUAGUCCGAGCCGUCGGCAUCAUCCCCGGGGUUCCUGAGCCCUGCUGCGUCCCAGACAAGAUGAACCCCCUGGCCGUGCUCUACCAGGACGAGUCCAGGAACCCGGUGCUCAAGGUUUACCCCAACAUGUCCAUCCAGUCCUGCUCCUGCAGAUAG